GGCCAUGGCAAAGCAGUACGACUCAGUGGAGUGUCCCUUUUGUGACGAGGUGACCAAAUAUGAGAAGCUUGCCAAGAUCGGCCAAGGCACCUUUGGGGAGGUAUUUAAGGCCAAGCACCGCAAGACCGGCCAGAAGGUGGCUCUGAAGAAGGUGCUGAUGGAGAAUGAGAAGGAAGGGUUCCCCAUUACAGCCUUGCGGGAGAUCAAGAUCCUCCAGCUCCUAAAACAUGAGAAUGUGGUCAACUUGAUUGAGAUUUGCCGAACCAAAGCUUCCCCCUAUAACCGCUGCAAGGGCAGUAUAUACCUGGUGUUUGAUUUCUGCGAGCAUGACCUUGCUGGACUCUUAAGCAAUGUUUUGGUCAAGUUCACGCUGUCUGAGAUCAAGAGGGUGAUGCAGAUGUUGCUUAAUGGUCUCUACUACAUCCACAGGAAUAAGAUCCUGCACAGGGACAUGAAGGCUGCUAAUGUGCUCAUCACCCGCGAUGGGGUCCUGAAGCUGGCAGAUUUUGGGCUGGCCCGGGCCUUCAGCCUGGCUAAGAACAGCCAGCCCAACCGAUAUACCAACCGUGUGGUGACACUCUGGUACCGGCCCCCGGAGCUGUUGCUCGGGGAGCGGGACUACGGCCCCCCCAUUGACCUGUGGGGUGCUGGGUGCAUCAUGGCGGAGAUGUGGACCCGCAGCCCUAUCAUGCAGGGCAACACGGAGCAGCACCAGCUCGCCCUUAUCAGCCAGCUCUGUGGCUCCAUAACCCCUGAGGUGUGGCCAAAUGUGGACAAGUAUGAGCUAUAUGAGAAGCUGGAACUGGUCAAAGGCCAGAAGCGGAAAGUGAAGGACAGGCUGAAGGCUUAUGUGCGUGACCCUUAUGCACUGGACCUCAUUGACAAGUUGCUGGUGCUGGAUCCUGCACAGCGCAUCGACAGCGAUGACGCCCUCAACCAUGACUUCUUCUGGUCUGAUCCCAUGCCUUCAGACCUCAAGGGCAUGCUGUCUACCCACCUGACGUCUAUGUUUGAGUACCUGGCACCGCCACGCCGAAAGGGCAGCCAGAUUACCCAGCAGUCCACCAACCAGAACCGCAAUCCUGCCACUACCAACCAGACAGAGUUUGAGCGUGUCUUCUGAGGGCCGGUGCUUUCACUAGGGUGUUUUAUUUUUACUUCUGCUAUGUGGAGAUGAUGAGGCAUUUUGAGUUUUUUUCUCUAGUGCAUAUUUUAUUUAUCCCGACCCUGGGCACUGGGAACAGCCAGCCAAGUGGACUGGAAUGAAGCAUUGGCUAAAGGGCCAGGAGGGCACUGGGGCUGCCCCGCUCCCAGCUUUCUGGAUGGUGCCCAGAGAGUCCGUUUACCUUAGGACAAGAGUGGGCUGAGAGAAGAGGCUCACCCACCAGUGACUUUGUAAGAGCUCUCAGCAUGAUAAGAGAAGGGGAUAGGUCCUUGACUCAUCCCCAGACAUUUCUUGGGAUGAGAAACUUGUGGGAACAGAGCCAGCCUCAGGAAUGGGCUGUUCAUAGCCUAAGCUGAGAAACCUUGGGGCUGGCAAGAACUCCAAGUUUCUUGAAUAGGUGAAUUUUAUCGUGUUUAUUUUGUUUAAUUGUUCAGAGGCAUUCCUGUAUGCAGUUAGGUCAGUUACAAUUAAAAGUUGACUUUUUUUCCUA